AUGAAUACAGAGCAAGAGAGGGCAUUCAGGAUCGUCGCAUCGCAUUCACAAGAGAAAAAACCGGCACCUCUCCGUAUGUAUCUCGGUGGGCCAGGUGGAACAGGCAAAUCCCACGUAAUCUCAGCCCUAAAGAAUUUCUUUGAUCAGCAGCAACAAACAAGACGAUUUAGACUUGCGUCUUACACAGGUGUGGCUGCUAAAAAUAUCGCCGGAAUGACCCUUCAUGCCGCAUUGUCUUUGGUUUCAAACUCUAACAUGAAA